CACCUGGAGUACAGCCACAGCUACGAGGAGAGAAGCCUCCUGGGCAAGAGCAGCCGGUUCUCGCCCCUGAAAGACGCGGAGCUGAUCUCCCCGCCGGAGUCUGCCACCCCGGGCAGCCUGGGGAGCCCCGGCGACGCCCUACAGCAAAAGGGGUCCUACCUGAAUUUUUGCGAUGUGUCCUGCGAGAGCGCAAAGCGCGGGCAGCCUCUGGAGGUGGAAGCCGAACGGCCCGUCUCCUACGUUGCAAACUAUGUGCCGGCUGACUCUCCCGGUGAGCAGGUUUCUAAAGCCGGCCUCCCGGCUGCUGACUCCAAAGCCUCCUUCGAGGCACACGUCAGAGAAAAGUUUAACAGGAUGGUAGAGGCCGUGGACAAAACGAUCGAGAAGCGAAUCGACAAGCUUACCAAAGAGCUGGCCCAGAAGACGGCGGAGCUGCUGGAGGUGCGGGCAGCUUUUGUGCAGCUGUCCCAGAAGAAGCAGGAGGUGCAGCGACGGGAGCGGGCCCUCAGCAGGCAGGUGGACGUGGCGGUGGAGAUGAUCGCAGCCUUGAAGCAGCGCCUCACUGAGUCCGAGGAGGAGCUUCACCGGAAAGAGGAAGAAGUUGUUACUUUCAACCACUUCCUGGAAGAAGCAGCAGAAAAGGAAGUGCGGGGAAAAGCCAGGCUCCAGCACUUCAUUGAGAACCUGUUGCAGCGCGUGGAUCUGGCAGAAAGGCAGCUAGAAUAUUACCAAAAUCAGCAGAUGGUGUGCAACCACACCGACAUCAGCGAGCACGUGUUUACAGACAUUUCAUUAAAUAAGAAACCCAGAUGCCUGAGCCGAGGAAGUCAACACACUUCAUAUAACAUCCCUGACGCAAAGCCUCAUUCCUUUCAAAAAGGAAGAAUCUUGUUGAAAAAAGCAAAGGAUGAAAAAACCAGCUUUCAGCCAGUGAAAUACUUCUAUGAACCUGUUGACUGCUCAAGAGAAAUAUGGAGAGCACAAAAGAAAGGUGAACCAGUCUGCUCUGCAAGGAAAGCGAGCGCAAAAUCCAAGAUUGGUAAAAAGUCCAAAGCGCUAUAGGAAUGGUUAGCAAUAUAUAGUAACGCAGGAGCUUGGCUUCAACAGAACAAAUAUUGAAUGAGGUUAAUCAUCCUACUUUUUGCUAUCCACCUGGCCAUGCCAAAACUUAUCAGAUAUAAUAUAUAGAAAUAUAUACAGUAUGGAAGAUUUAUAUUAUUUAGUAAUGCCAUUCCCUCUUUGGGCGCUAUAAGAGAAGUGACAUUUUAUUCAGUUUACAUGGAGGGUUUUCUAUUUAUUUAUUUAUUUAUUUAUAGAGCUUAUUUUAAAUGACUGCAUUUAUCUUGCUGGGCAGUACUGUGGCUGUAUGUUUAAUUAUUUUAGUGGUAGCAUGUGGCCUGAUAAUUUAUUUUCCAUCUGUGCUGUUGCUGAAGUUCAGAAGAAUCCAUUUAAUCGGCAAGUAAUUACUCAGUCUUUCAGCUUAGGUAGGUAUAAGAUCAAUGAUUAACUGUUACCUGCACAGACAUACUUAGAUGCAAAAGGUCUACUUGAGUUGCUCGAAGGCUGUUUACAGCAGUAGAUCAUUACCCUGAAUUUUCUGCCAUAUGCCUGGUCGGGCACAUUUCCACAUAUUACUACAUACGUUAAACUGCUCGAUCCUGCCAGCAGCCAUGUUGUCUGUUGGUACAAGUUUGGGCUGCUCUGGUGUCUUAAGCACAGCUUUCAAGUUUCCAUAUGGUUUUGCUCUAUGUACCAGCCCUCUGGCGUCCCUUGGCGAGGAGACUCGGCUGCCGGUACCGCAGCCCUGACGAGCACGGCCCUCACUGAGCCAGAAGAGAAAUGUCAGGACCAGGGUCCAGCAGCAGGUUGCUACCAGCUGUGGCGCAGCACGUGAGAGGCUAGAGCAGCGUGUUACACUGCGUGGCACCACGUUCAGUGCCUGUGCUUGGUGCUAGGCAAGAGGCCCGAAAUGGCUGUGAUCAUCACCAACCCCCUUUGCACUCUGAUCUCUGAAAAAUCUUUACAGGGCUGAGAGAUCUCUGAAUUUCAACGAAAAACACAAGAGCGAGGAAGUUAGAGAUGGUUGCAGGGAUGGGAAUGCACAUGUUUACAUUGGUUUGUGCCAAUUAAAAGGAUCCUUAUUUAUCAGAGUAUUUAUCAAGAUGAUUUUUUGCGUGUACAGUUUUUUGGUAACAUGAAUCCUCAUGCCAUGUUUACAGAUAUGAACAUCCUGUCGAUGUUACUGAUGAGAUUUGUUUUAUCAAGAAAAAGAAAGAAUAGGUGAGACAAGUCUGUGUAAUUUAUUUUUUAAAUGCUCAUAACAGGUGUAAAUUGUUUUUGUGGAAGGUGAUUUUUAUAGUAUGUGUACAAAGAUUUGUGAAAAAUGUUUUUCAUUUUUUAUAACUAUGACUGUAAGCAGAACUGAGUAUUAACAGACAGUAUAUCACUAUGAUUACUGCUGCAAUAAGCACCUGAGUCGCAAUAUUUUUAAAGCAGAAGAUGACUGAUCAGUCAGCUAGGAUCAGGUAAAUACAGAUGUCAUACAUUUGUCGGUAUACAGAGCUCCCAGAAAGUAGCAGAGUGAAAAAAGAGAGUAUUAUUCCUCACUUUUAUUUUAAAUAGUGUAUAUGAAACAAUCAGAUAUAUGUUUAAAGUUUCUCAACACUGUUUCAGUAGAAAGUCACAGUGUAAAACCAAUUCAGGUAUUUAGGUUGUAAUGACAUUUUAAUAUUUAUUUAACCACGACACAAGGCCACACUUGGCCUUAUGCUAGGCAUUGUGUGUGGUGAAAAGGAGUUGUUAAUUGUGUUGCAUGGGUUUGGGUCAGAUCAUGUGUUAUGCCAACUUUCUUAGGCAAGCCACAAAAUAGAAACAUCCUUUUACAAACCUGAAAAAAUGACCCUUUUUGAAGAUAAUGAAGAUGAACUUUAGAAAGAUAAUAAAGUAAAAUAUAUUCAUCCGUUCCUUUAUCCACUUGACACUGAAAGUGUAUUUUUAUUUUUAAAUGCCUAUCUACUCUGUUAGUCACCAAAGUUAAGUGCAACUGCUAGUUCACAAAUGAGAUAUUUAUUUUAUUAUUUAUCAUGCCAAAAUCUUGAUUGUAAGUUGUCCUUUUGGGGGAGGAAGACAAAAAAAGAGAGUAAAAGUUGCAUGUUCUUGAACUUUUCAAACCCCCAGUUACAGUUACUUGCUGAACAAAUGCCAGGUUAGUUAAUUAGAAAGAAAUUGGAUUGUACUGUAAC